ACACUCGGCAGGGUGGGAACCCAAAAAGUGACCAAAUACUUCCAAAUGGAAACAAUUCCCAACAAUGGAUAAGACAAAUUUACAUGGGUCUGAAUGUCAAUAAAUAUUCCCUGCACCUUAUUGGGAAUUUCUCCACUUCUCCAAUAGAGUGAAUUUCUCCAAAUUGCUUACAUUCAUAGCCAUGACUGAAGUUAUGAAUAGGGCCGAGCAAGAGGUGGUUGUUCAGGAAAAUGGCGAAAAAGAGGAAGAAAAGAAAAUUGAAACUGAAAAGAGGAAGCUUGGAGGAAUGAGAACAAUGCCCUUUAUACUUGCUAAUGAAGUAUGUGACAGAUUUGUGGGGGCUGGAUUUCAUAGCAACCUGAUAACAUACCUAACACAGGUGCUAAAUGUGCCUUUAGUAAGGGCAUCCAACACCUUAGCGAACUUUAGUGGUGUUUCCAAUUUCACUCCACUUAUUGGUGCUAUUGUUGCCGACACAUUUGCUGGACGAUUUUGGACAAUUAUUGUAGGCUCCAUAAUUUAUGAGAUGGGACUGGUCAGCAUCACUGUCUCAGCAAUCAUGCCACAACUCCGUCCUCCACCAUGUCCGACUCAGGAGAAUUGUGAAGAAGCUUCAAGUUCGCAACUUUGGGUGCUCUACACCUGUCUCCUCCUGACAUCUCUUGGUACAGGAUGCCUUAGACCUUGUUUAGUUACCUUUGCUGCUGACCAGUUGGACAUGAGGAAAUCUAAAGUAGAAUCGAGAAGAUGGAACUUUUACAAUUUGUUCUAUUUCUGUGUGACCAUGGCUACGCUAACUGCAUUAACUGUAGUCGUUUAUAUCCAAGAUAACGUAAAUUGGGGAUGGGGUCUUGGACUUCUAACCAUUGCCAUUGCCCUGUCGGUAAUCGCUUUCGUUGUUGGAUCCCCAUUUUAUAGAAAAGUAGAACCAGGAGGAAGUCCAUUUAUCAGAUUGACACAGGUUAUUGUUGCCUCAGUGAAGAAGAGAAAAGUCGCUGUUCCCGUCGAUGCUAGUCUCUUAUAUAAGAACAAAGAGCUCGAUUCUGCUAUCUCACAUGAUGGAAGGCUUUUGCAUACUAAUCAGUUCAAGUGGAUUGAUCGAGCGGCUGUAGUAACUGACAGUGACAUGAAAGUGUCAUCACAGCCAAAUUUGUGGAGGCUAGCUACCGUUCAUAGAACAGAAGAGCUGAAGUGCAUCCUGAGGAUGCUGCCAAUUUGGACUGCAGGGAUAUUACAUUUUGCUUCACAUUCACAUGUAGGCAGCUUUACAAUCCAACAGGCACGCAGUAUGGAUCGUCAUCUUUCCCACAACUUCCAAAUACCUCCAGCCAGCAUGUCUAUUUUUAGCGUCUUAACGGUGCUCAUUGGCCUAGUGCUAUAUGAGCGUUUCUUUAUUCCUUUUGCUCGUCAAUUCACAGGACACAAAUCAGGCAUUACAUGCUUACAGAGAAUGGGAAUAGGAGUCGCAGUCAAUAUUCUUGCUACUGCUACUUCAGCACUUGCUGAGAUUAAGCGUAAAAAGGUGGCUGCAGGUCAUAACUUACUGGACCAUCCAAUGGCUGUCAUUCCUAUUAGCGUCUUCUGGUUGGUUCCACAGUAUUGCCUUCAUGGAAUAGCUGAAGUGUUCAUGAGUGUUGGACACCUUGAAUUUCUCAUUGAGCAAUUCCCGGAAAGCAUGAGAAGUACUGGAGCUGCUCUUAACUCGUUAGCCUCGUCGUUCGGAAGUUACUUAGGCACCUUUGUGGUAACUCUAGUUCACAGUAAUACUGGAAAAGAAAGGAACUGGCUACCAGAUAGGAAUCUCAACAAGGGAAGACUGGAAAAUUUUUAUUGGCUUAUGGCUGGAGUGCAGGUAAUAAAUUUUGUAUACUAUCUUAUAUGUGCAUCAUUAUAUACAUACAAACCCUUGGAAGAGUAUACUGAAAGCUGCAAGGGAACAGAUGUGGAAUUAGCUGAUGAUCCAACUUUGUUACACUAUUCUAAAGGUGAUGGACAAACAGACUGAUCAAGAAAUGUAAUGAACUAAUAUUACUUAAUUAAACUAGUAGAAAUUUCGUUUUUGAGUUCUUAGUUGUCCCCAGUUGAAACAAUUGGAUGUACCAAAAAUAAGUUGAAACUAUUGAAGAAAUGGCAUAAGGUUGGAUCAACUAUUUUUAUUUA